CAAUUAUGUACCUUCAGUUAUUUUUUAAAGAUAUAUACAUAAAGACACACUGAUGCACCCUUGGUGGUGUGACAAGCAACACAAAGUACAGUGUGAUACCUUUAUUUCUCAGAGUGUAAGUGUAAACUAUCAGACAGGACACUUUCUGUGCUCACCAGGUGGACAAAUCACUGACAGGCUAGUGCUCAUGAAGCAUCCCUAUAGCGAAUCAGAUCCACCUAGCUGUCUUCAAGUAGAGGGUCGAGUUACGCGGAACCACGUCAGCCUUCAUGUCUUAUGUUAAUGCGAGUACACGAGCAGGCUUAGUUUUACUCCACACUCAGCACUCAGUACAGUGGCCAAUACAGUACAGAUUUUUUUUUUAUCACACACACACACACACACACACACACACACACACACACACACACACACAUACCAUUUGCAUUAAGUCAAUCUGGACGCGGGAGAUCUGAAGACUCUGUCUCUUGCUCUCUCUCUCUCGCGCGCACACGCAAUACCGGCACCGGCUUUUCUUUGUCGCGAGAGCCAAAGUUCCAAUAUGAGCGAUUUGGACGAGGACCUGGCCAGGCUGCUUGUGAUGAAGGAUGAAAGGAUUAAGGAGAUGGAAAGACGCCUCAGCAAAAAGGAAGAGGAGAUCCAGGAACUGAAGAGGAAGCUGCACAAAUGUCAGUCGGUAUUACCGAGCGCGCAGAUGAUCGGACCGAGGACCAGGAGAGCGCAGGGCAUCUCAGCAGAGCCGCAAAGCUUCACCUCCUUCACCGAGCUCACUGGAGAGGCUUUUCGCAAAAUCCCCAAGUCUGACAAGUCCAAGGAGCUCAUCAAGGAGGCCAUUCUAGACAAUGAUUUCAUGAAGAACCUAGAGCUCUCACAGAUCCAGGAGAUAGUGGAUUGCAUGUACCCGGUGGAGUAUGACAAAGAAAGCUGCAUUAUUAAAGAGGGUGAUGUGGGCUCUCUCGUCUAUGUUAUGGAAGAUGGCAAGGUGGAGGUGACCAAGGAGGGCAUGAAGCUGUGCACCAUGGGACCAGGCAAAGUGUUCGGCGAGCUGGCGAUCCUCUACAAUUGCACACGUACUGCCACUGUUCAGACUCUCACUAAUGUGAAGCUAUGGGCCAUUGACCGGCAGUGUUUCCAGACCAUCAUGAUGAGGACAGGACUUAUCAAGCAUGCAGAGUACAUGGAGUUCCUCAAAAGUGUUCCCACGUUCCAAGGCCUUGCAGAAGAAAUACUCAGCAAACUCGCAGACGUGCUAGAAGAGACUCACUAUAGUGACGGUGAAUACAUAAUCAGACAGGGUGCUAGAGGAGACACCUUCUUCAUUAUCAGUAAAGGAAAGGUGAACGUUACCCGGGAGGAUUCGCCCAAUGACAUUGUUCAUCUGCGUGGCAUGGGGAAAGGGGACUGGUUUGGAGAGAAAGCUCUUCAAGGAGAAGACAUUAGGAUGGCCAAUGUCAUUGCUGCUGAGGCUGUCACCUGCCUGGUCAUUGACAGAGAUUCAUUUAAGCAUUUGAUUGGAGGUCUGGAUGAUGUCUCGAACAAAGGUUAUGAGGACGCUGGAGCCAAAGCAAAAUAUGAGGCAGAAAACGCCUUCUUCUCCAACCUGAAGCUGGUGGACUUCAACAUCAUCGACACCUUAGGGGUGGGAGGAUUCGGACGAGUUGAGCUGGUGCAGCUCAAAAGUGACGAGACCAAAACCUUUGCCAUGAAGAUUCUGAAAAAGCGCCACAUUGUGGACACGCGGCAGCAGGAACACAUCCGCUCUGAGAAGCACAUCAUGCAGGAGGCCCAUUCAGACUUCAUAGUGAGAUUAUACAGGACAUUUAAAGACAGCAAAUAUCUGUAUAUGCUGAUGGAAGCCUGUUUGGGAGGUGAACUAUGGACCAUUCUUAGAGAUAGAGGAUCCUUUGAAGACUCCACAACACGCUUUUACACAGCCUGUGUAGUGGAAGCCUUCGCUUAUUUGCAUUCCAAAGGGAUCAUUUACCGAGAUCUCAAGCCAGAAAACCUCAUCCUAGAUCACAGAGGCUAUGCCAAACUGGUGGACUUUGGUUUUGCCAAAAAGAUUGGAUUCGGAAAGAAGACGUGGACUUUCUGCGGAACACCGGAAUAUGUAGCUCCAGAAAUUAUUCUCAACAAAGGUCAUGACAUCUCAGCAGAUUACUGGUCACUUGGUAUCCUCAUGUAUGAACUCCUGACUGGCAGCCCACCAUUCUCAGGGCCAGAUCCAAUGAAGACAUACAAUAUAAUCUUAAGAGGUAUUGAUAUGAUUGAAUUUCCAAAGAAGAUCACCAAAAAUGCUGCCAAUCUAAUAAAGAAACUAUGCAGGGACAAUCCAUCUGAGAGACUAGGAAACUUGAAAAAUGGGGUGAAGGACAUCCAAAAGCACAAAUGGUUUGAAGGUUUUAACUGGGAAGGGUUGCGUAAAGGGACUCUCACCCCUCCUAUUAUCCCUGAAGUUUCCUCACCCACCGACACCAGUAACUUUGAUAGUUUCCCCGAGGACAAUGAAGAUCCACCACCGGAUGACAACUCAGGCUGGGACACGGAUUUCUGAUCCAACUGGUCUGUCCGACUGUCAGUCAGGACCUUCAGGACAUGGUUGUGUUGAGUGACUGCUGCUCAAGGAGGCAAACUUAAAAAAAAAAAGAAGAAGAAGAAGAAGAGUCCAGCUCUGGGUCACCAUGAUGCCUUCCCCAAUGUUGUCCCCAUUGGGAUGCCCCAGAUCCAUUAACAUCCAAGCCCAUUGUUCUGCGUGCUGAGUUUUGAAGACACACUCUGAUAGCUUUAUUGCAUAGCAUUAUUCCUCAUGCUGUUUCUAUCCAUUCAUAAACCUUUACACUUCUGUUCUCUUUGCCUUUUACUGAUUGGACAGAGCAUGAGUUGCAGUUAAUGACAGGAUUAGUAGAAAUUUCUACCUGCACUCAUGCUGUUAAAAUUCCAUGCUCACUGGCUUCUCUGAACUUUAGUUUAUUAACCAUUGUAAUAGUGUAUCAUGAGUAUAUAUAUCGUUAUUAUAUAUUUGGAAAGUCUUACACUCUAUAUGUCUUUAUAUAGUAAAGACAUAUGAUCAAUUUUGCAAGCGCAAAUUUCUUUAAUAUCAGGACAUGCCCUUCCACAUUAAUGCUUUUCCUCCAUGCCUAUAUUCGGAUGAAUAUUCAUAACACUUAGCCUAUUUUGCUUAAAAGAUCACAUUUCUGUAUUCUUAAAAAAAAAAAAAAAAAAAAAAAAAAACAA